ACAGCAUCAAUUUUGAUCCAUCGACGGAUUACUCGUACUCGUACUCGUACUUUUCGACUCAGAAGCAGAAUCUCCUCUGCAACCACAAAGAGCAUUUGGAAAUCUGGACGUCGCUGGAGCCGAGGAAAGUUAUAAUUGGAAAAGAGUAGACCACUUUACGUAUCCAAAAAGUAAUAAAGAGAGCAAUCAUGUCGGAGGAUGCAUCAGCAGGAGGCGACGACUUUUCGGGUCUUGGAGGAUUUUUCUUCUACAUGUUCAUAGUCCAUCCUAUCACAGCAUGGAUCUUAAAACCUGGCCGUUUCGAACGGAAAAAGAGCAUAAUGUACGCAAUCGCAUUUCUAGCAGCAUUGGCAGCCAUCAAAACGGGUGAGUUAGCUUCAUGGUCCAGCGGCUAGAAUCAAUGAGAAAAUGGUUUGAUAGGAYUUUGGAUCCAACACCCGACAACAAUCCGGAUUCGAGUUUUAAAAAGAAGAACGAAGUGUUAAAGCGAUUCUCGGCCUUUUGGUUCUUUUAGCAAGUUGARUAGGGGACGGCAAUCGUGAUGCCCUGCUGUACUAUCUCUUCCCCUGCGAUCAUCCUAUUUGCAACAUCUUGUUGUCUUCAUUGAUUGAACGCAAGACACGCAGCAUGGCUGCACAAGUAUUGGAUCAAUUUUUCCCACCAACAUUCCACGUGGCAUUUUUCGUAUGUUUUGUACUGAAAACGUCCCUCCGUCUCACUCGUUUUUUCUUUCAAAAUYUUGUCAAUUGUCAACUUUGAUGAUCGAUGUAUUUUGAAUAAUGGAUACAACAUAGGCUUGGAAAUGCAGCAGCAAGGUCCUAAUUACUAUCAAAUUUUGGACGUUACCCGUGAAUCAAAUCCCCUCGAAAUCAAACGAUCGUACAAGAAGCUUAGCUUGAAGUUGCACCCAGAUAAGAACAAAUCCCCCAACGCUGCGGAUGAAUUCGACAGAGUCAAACAAGCCUAUGAUGUUAUCAUGGACUUGGAAUUACGGGAUGUGUACAACAAAUUUGGCAAGGAAGGUGUAGCAAACAACAAACGAUACAGCGAAACACAAUUUCUUAUCGAGGUUGCAAUUUUUUACGUGUCCUGGGCAGUCAUGACAUUCCUGCUGACCAUGGGCAAAAAAAGUGGGCAGGCACGAGAUUGGGUUUUCACGGGAAUGAUUGUCAUGUUGGUGGUCGAAGUUGUUGUGAUGACGUCGCAAACCAACCCCCUUCCAACAUGGCUCUUUCCGACCCUCACCGAAUACGAUUUGGUGAAAACCAUGCAUUCCCUUUUCCCUGCGUUUAUGAAUGGAUGCCGCUCGUUGGGCUCCUAUUUGUUUGUCGAUGUAGAUGCGCAAUUGCGACAAUUUCUGUUGGCUCUCCAGGAGCAAAACAAAGAUAUUUUGCUUGUGUUGAGGGAUGUCCAGAUUGGCGUACAAAAUAUCCAAGCCCACGGAGGUGGUGGAGGCCAUCGUUUGGCAGGACCCUCGACGGGAAACAUCCCCGUCACCGCGGACGGUGCUGAUGUUGCAAGCAAAGCUACUCCAACGGGAAAGAUUAAGGAGCUGCAAGAGCGAUUGCAAUAUUCGAAUGCGAAUGUCGCCCAAGCGGUGCAAUCCCUCAAAACAGAAAACAAAUCAUCGAAUUUUGGCUUUUACGGAAUGAUUCUCGGAUACAUCGUGAUCUCGUACCUAUUUGGUUAGGCAAUGAGAAGUAGUCCGCUUAGACGAUUUUAUCCAWCUUGUCACUCAAGGAACUAKUACGCGCGCAUCCGAUACAUUUCCGGUAUCAUUAUUUCUUGUAACAUAAAGAUUGCUAUUCCAAUUUCAUUUCUGUUCUCAUCUAAUCAAUACUGUUCGUUGGAGUAGCACAAUCCUUGAGGAAAUUGAUUAUUCUCCCGACAUCUUGAAUCUAUGUUCAUCCAAAAAGUCAAWGACAGMGAUUCAUAUGGAAGCAUCUGCUCUACCAGUGGCCGCGCUCUAAURCAUGUAWCUACRGUAAGGUUAUCGCCUAUUUACGUUAUCUACUACGUGAUUUCAAAUCUUGAAUACUACUAUAAUUUUAACGAUCAUACCUGAUUCAAGGCUUGCACCCAAAAUUUGAAGCUCAGUCUCGACACUGAAGUCGAAAAUCUAGCGGCAGGAUURAAUGAUGAACGGUUGCAAUUAUUUUCCUUCUGUUCUAAGAAAAGAGAUGUAAGAUGUUCUAACCCUGGCUUUGGACCCAUUUCAACAUUUCUUGUUGGCAUUCUUGUCGGCCCUUUCUGGCUUCUUCAGAUCCUUUGUUGAUGGCAUCCACCAAYUUCUUGGAGAGAGCAUCUCUUCCGAGUUCCUUUCCAGCUUCGGUAAUUGUAAUAUCUAGUUGCUUGGGUGGGUUGUUGACAUCUCGCUCCACCAAAACAGUAUCGGCGUUUCCUCCCUUGACCAUCUUUGCAUCCAUUGACUUAACCAAUUGUUCUCGUGCGCGCAUAGCAAGUUUGUAUUCUUCGGCCGACAUACCCAUUGCUGCAGCGGCAUUUGCAAUUMCCUUCUCGGCCUCAGGGUCAUAUUCCGUAUCGUCCUCGGUAGGGGACCCAGCGCCAGCACCUCCGAACAUGAAGCGCUGGGUAUUCGAUACGCCACUCUUGCUACAGGAUUGCGUGGGUGUCAUGAAUGCCCAGGCACCAAGUGCCUGCGAACACAGUAGAGCAGCGCUGAAAUAAGUCUUCAUUUUCUU